CUCUCUACACACCAUGAUCUUUCAUGACGAAUUUAGAACUUGACAUCCUCCAUAUUCUAUGAGAAGAAAUGACAAAACAGACAUUCACAGCUGAGGAAAAAAUCGUCGAUAAAAAUCCACUGAAAGGACUAAGAGUUCAUGGGCAACAAACAAUGACGAGCAUUCUACACGUUUACAAAAACUCUUUGCUGGUGGUCUGGAAUUGGAAAAGAUCUAGCGGCAAAGGUCUAUUAAACCAUAAUUAGAGCAGAGACAUGCUAUAAGAGUUUGAUUUAAAGACAGUAUUUCUUUGCACUCGACAAUGAAGAGCGAGGUUCAUAACUAACCUGUAAUCGUAAAAUUCGCGAUUGCAGUUGAAAUCACAUACUAGUUGAAAAGCAUAGUAUGUUAUUGAACGCCAAAUAAAUCUGCGGAACAACAGCGUCACGCAAACUCGUUACCCAUCUUUUCUAUCAAAUUAAGAUGAAUAACACGUUCCUUUUUAAAAAAAACUGAGAAGAGAAUAAACUUUUCAUCAAAUAAGUGAUUUCAUUUUUGCUUUACCCCUUAAAGGCAACGGUGCUCUUUUAUGAUCGUCAAAAAUGAUCUUUGGGCCGUCCGUAGUACUCUUCUUUUUUUUUUUACUUUACACAUUGUAUACCGGAGGUACUUUUUCUGAACACUGCUUGUACUUAAGGUUUUUCUCACGGGUAGAAUGAUACCCGUCGAUAAAGAUAACUUCCCUAUUUUGACCACGGCGUGGACAUUGUACCCUCUUUAAAUUAAAUUAUCUUACAGUUGUCAUUACAAAUUGCUCUACAUUGUUUCAAAGUCGCUUAUUUUGAAAAUGCCACAACCUAAGUUCCUAAGCCAGAUCAAUUUCACAAAUAUUUUUAGUUGUAGAAUUUGUCAUUUCAUAUAUGUAGUAAGUUUUAUAUCAUCACUACCGUAUUCUAGAUGUGAUCCUGAAUUUUUGAAUUUAUUACAGGGGGAGGAGGCUUAUCUCACUUAUACGUAUUCUUGUGACAUUUAUGACGUAUUCUUACAGGUUGGGAACAGAGCUCCGUUUUAUCAUUCCACAGAUGGGGGAAGUCUUUUGCUACCCCCAUAUCAGGAACAUAGAUUCUCGAUUGAAAUUUUUAACGAAAACAACAGUUGUUCACUCAUAUUGACUAUUUCUAAUGUGCAGAAAGAUGAUGCAGGGUUAUACACAUGUUUCGUAUACGAAGACAUUGAGAAAAGUCAGGAUUAUAUGCAAAUCUCGGUCCACGUAGAUUAUCCCCCCGGUAAAGCAUCAUGUGCAUUAGACGGCUUCUACCAAACUGAGGGUUGGGUGUCUCUGCAAUGCGUAGCCCAAGUUGGAAGCAUGUCUGGAAAGAUCGAUUGCUAUCAAAAUGGUGACAGGAUGCCUUCUUUAACUAGGCCCAUUGAAACAAAUACGUCUUUGAAGCAGAGAGUACUGAUCAAGAACUCAAAUAUUGUAUAUUGCUGUAGUACCACAUACAGGCAACCUAAACAAAUGUGUGAAUGCAGUGACACUGUAAUUGAUCCUGUCUACAACAGUAGAAUCUUAGGACCAACAGAUCUAUGCUCUACCACUUCUUCUCAAAAUUCAAUACUUGUAUCCAGAAACCCAAUAAUGGCCAGUAAUAUAACUGGAACAACUUUAUAUCCAAUAACACUAAAACAAACAAAGCACGUACACUAUAGCAUUGUGGUCAUUUGGGUUUUAGUGUUUGUCAUCCUUUUUUUGAUCGUCGUCAUUUUGGCUGUCAUAGUAAUCGUGUACAUGUAUAUGACCCGGAGAAAAAAGGGUUUCCGAAAUGUUCCUUGUGAUGAAAACUUAAACCCGAGCGAAGACCAUGAUGAAACCCAGAUUUAAAGGUACUAUGUCCCAUGUGCAGGCCAACAAA